AUGCCUCUCUCUCGCCCUCAAUCCCCAGCCUCCUCCUUGAAAAAGGAGCAGGCGAUCGAGCACGUCGAAACUGCUGCCGUCGAACCUACAUAUCUCGAAGGGUUCCCUCUACUUGUUGGCAAGUCCGAAGAGGAGCUUGCCAUCCUGAACAAGAACGUUCUGAAGAAGCUCGACUGGAAAUUCUUACCAUGUAUCACGGCCAUGCUGCUGAUGAAUUAUCUCGACCGUAUCAAUGUCUCCAAUGCACGUCUCGCUGGCAUGCAGGAAGAUCUCGGCAUGAACGAUGUCAUGUGGUCCACUGGUAUCUCAAUGUUCUACGUCGGCUAUAUCAUCUCGCAAGUCCCAGCCAAUGUCAUCAUUGCGAAGGGCAAUCCUCGAAUCCUCAUGCCCUGCUGUAUGCUCGCCUGGUCCGCUGUCACGAUCUGUAUGCCUGCAAUGAAGAGUGGCUGGUCCUUCUGUGUAUGCCGAUUCCUUGUGGGUCUCACUGAGGGUCCAUUCCUUCCCGCCGUCUCUCUCAUGACAUCCUCAUGGUAUACAAAGCAUGAGUCUCCUCUUCGCAUGGGUAUUUGGCACGCAGGAAACAUCAUCUCCAACGUCAUCUCAGGCCUGCUCGCAGCAGCUAUAUUGACAAACAUGGAUGGUAUUGCUAAGCUUCACGCGUGGCAAUGGUUCAUCAUACUGGAAGGUAUUGUCAGCAUUGUGGUUGCCUUGACAGGCUUCUGGCUCCUGCCUAACUGGCCAAGCAACACCGGAACGUAUUUCUUCACCCCAGAAGAGUCUGAGAUGGCUCAAUGGCGCGUCCUUGUGUCCGCUGGCGGUGUAUCGGAAGACGAUGAGGGCGACUACUGGGGCGGUGUUAGCCAGGCACUCCGGGACCCCUUCACAUGGAUGUUCGCCGCGAUGCAUUUCGCGCUCAUCAUCGCUCAAUCGUUCAAGGAUUUCUUCCCAUCUAUCAUGGCCACUCUAGGUUUCUCAAAGACAGUCACGUACCUCGUUCAGGCACCACCUUACGUCAUUGCCUACUUCGUUACGCUCGGUGUCUCCUGGUCCAGUGGUCGCCGUCUCGAGCAUUGUUAUCAUAUCAUAGGAUCUAUCGCAAUCUGUCUCGUCGGUGCUGUUAUGAUGAUCUCGACCCUCAAUACAGGCGCAAGAUACUUUGCCCUGAUUCUUCUCUGCUCCGGACCAUUCGUCGGACUCAACAUUCAGAUCUCCUGGGAGACGACUGUGGUACCCAGACCCCGUACCAAGAGAGCUGCACUGAUCGCCAUCGCCAAUUGUGUCAGCAGUGUCAGUCACUGGUUCUCGCCGUACUUCUUCCUCACCAGUCAGGAGCCCAGAUAUCAGACUGGAGGCGGUGUCAUUAUUGCUGGAUGUGGUUUGACUAUUGUUUCUUGUUUGAUUGUCCGAUGGUGGUGUAUGAAGAAGAAUAAGGCGCUUGACAAGCUGGAGGCAGAGACAGGAAAUGUCAACACCUGGCGCUUCGCCACUUGA